CGCGCGCACAGGGUGUCCUCGCUCUGCACGGAGAGCUGGUAAACUCCAACUUUGUCUGGGCUGGCGGCGUUCGGCACUUUGUGCAGAUGGGGAACGAUUUACCUGGAGCAUAGACUUUGAUUCUGGGGGAGCUCUGUUACAUUAAAGAUGACAGCAUGAGUGGUGCCAUGUGCUUGUAAGAAAUCCCCCUGCACGUUUUAAGAGUCAUCACAUUUCUGUGCAUGCACUCGGCGGCAAAUCUUUCCACUCUGCGAGGUAGCGGCGGCUGCGGUUCUAUUUUUAGAAACAAUGUUGCGGCAGGGGAAUCAAUCAAACUGGCGCUAAAUCUUUGCAUUCAUGACAAUCUUCUGCUGUUAGUGAUGCAGUCUUAAUGCAUUCCUGCCUGCGUUUGCAGCGUUAUAGGACAGGAUGGUGCAUUUUUAUCUCAGCUGAUGCCAAAUUCCAAAUGAUGCCUUUCCCCCUAAUGCUCUCCAGGAACGCACACCGGUGGACUGCAAACUUUUAUACCAUGGAAUCCAACGCACUCUGUGGCGAGAGUGGCUGCAAUGCUUUUGGGACCUCAUGUAGUUUUGGGUUUUUUAGCAGUACUGGAAUUUCUAAAGAACUGCACAAUUUGGGAUGUAAAUGAGAAUUCUCUGAUGUCAAAGGACUGAAGGGACUGAUAAUCGCCAAGCACACGUUUUUUCUCUUUUACUUCUGAGUGCACAUUUUUGCUGGCCCUUAUGGGAAUUAAGCACUCGUCCCGCUGCAUGCUCCUCAGGAGAAAAAUGGCGGAGUCUGAGAACACUGAGCAACCACAGUCGCAACCAGAGCCGAUCCGCAUAAUUCCAUCACAGUCGGCACAGCCAACCGCGUUACCCAAGCCUGUGCCUUCUAUCCAGCAUGCGCCUCGGCCUCCUCUUCCACCGCACACGCCCCACGCCGCCAGCCUCCCUAGCUGUCCAGGGAGGGGUAAGAUGGCCAAGUUUCUCAACCCAGAGGAGAUGACCUCGCGAGACUACUACUUUGACUCGUAUGCCCACUUUGGCAUUCAUGAGGAAAUGUUGAAGGAUGAAGUGAGGACACUCACCUACAGGAACUCCAUGUACCACAACAAGCACAUCUUCAAGGACAAAAUAGUGCUGGAUGUUGGAAGCGGGACUGGGAUCCUUUCCAUGUUUGCAGCCAAAGCAGGGGCAAAGCAUGUAUAUGGGAUUGAGUGUUCCAGUAUAUCAGAGUACUCCGAGAGGAUCAUCAAGUCCAACCACCUUGACAGCGUUAUCACCAUUUUCAAAGGCAAGGUUGAGGAAGUGGAACUUCCUGUUGAAAAAGUUGACAUCAUCAUAUCUGAAUGGAUGGGCUACUGUCUCUUCUAUGAAUCCAUGCUCAACACUGUCAUCUUUGCCAGGGACAAGUGGCUGAAACCUGGUGGAUUAAUGUUUCCUGACCGGGCCUCCCUGUACGUGGUGGCCAUAGAGGACCGGCAGUACAAAGACUUCAAAAUACACUGGUGGGAGAACGUCUAUGGCUUUGACAUGACGUGUAUCCGUAAUGUGGCCAUGAAGGAACCCCUGGUGGAUGUAGUAGACCCCAAACAGGUGGUGACCAACUCCUGCCUGGUCAAGGAAGUGGACAUCUACACAGUAAAACCCGAAGACCUGUCCUUCACAUCAGCUUUUUGCCUGCAGAUCCAGAGGAAUGACUACAUCCAUGCACUGGUCACUUACUUUAACAUUGAAUUUACUAAGUGUCACAAGAAGACAGGUUUUUCCACAGCUCCAGAUGCUCCAUACACCCACUGGAAACAGACAGUAUUUUACCUGGAGGACUAUUUAACAGUCCGAAGAGGAGAAGAGAUCGUUGGCUCAAUUGCUAUGAAGCCCAAUGAGAAAAAUGUUCGUGACUUAGACUUUACCUUUGAGCUGGAUUUCAAAGGGCAGCUGUGUGAAGCAGCCAUAUCCCAUGACUACAAGAUGCGUUAAGUUUCAGCGUGGGGACAUUGGUGCCCCGCUGAGUGUGACUCCUGAGCACCAGAGGGAGACAAAGACGCUCCCAUGACCACAGACAGAUGCACAGCGGGACCCGAGACUCACAGAGGAAGAAAUUAGACUGGGCUAAAGACCCGGUUUAGCUGGCACCACUGACAAUAUCAAUAUUGUCACUACUUGUAUGAUGAAAGCAGGAUGUUGACUGUUAAGCAAUUCUGAAUGUAACUCUGACAAAAAUGUGUCAAGAAACUGUUCUAGUCUUGAUGAAUGUUAAUUACUGACGUAAGUAUAUGUGAGAUGGAGUGAUGUACUUGUGUGUUUUCCUCAGUAUUUGUUUUUCCACACUAACUUGGACCUUAUGGAGCGAUAUUUGGCAUUUUUAGAAUACACAAGAGUUCAACUAAUGAGUUACUCUAAUGUCCACAUUCUGUUACAGUAGAGAAUACAUUGAAUUGAAUUUUUUAAAUGUCAUAUUAUGUACUGUAGCAAAUGAUUACCGGUAAAAUGAUUUAUUUAUUGUUGUAUCAGUUUAGCAAUGUGAGAAAAACUAGAAGCGACUGAACACCACAGCCAGGACAAACAAAAAUGUGUAAUGUGAAAGGUAACGUGUUUGCAUAGUCAGUGUAGUAGUGGUUUACAGUGCGUGUAAAAUAGAAGGUGUCAAAGUUCACACUGUUAAACUGUUUGGGCAUCCGUGUGCUUUGUGUUGUCAGUUCGAGCUGUGAUGUUGACCUGCCAAUAACAUACUUUUCCCAUCCGAAAUGCCUUGACCAAGUGCCGAAGUGUACCUAGUUUUGUUCCACACUGCUGCAGUUAGCUUCUUACAAUGGUUUCAUCUGUAGACACAAGCCACUCUCAUUCUAUUGAUUUAAGAUUAAGCAUUUCUUCAAAUCUAGCCUCAAGCCAUUUAGUCUAUGCCCGAGUAUAAUUCAUGUCAUGGAAUCAAAGGAAAGCCUGCGUAACUCAAACUGUUAAUAAUGCAGCUGGAUCCUAGACAGACAACAAAGAAUUAUUACAAAGGGAGUCAAUAAAAUAUUGAUGACCUGCUUUAGUUAUAUCCCAAUAUCUUGGCUUCAAUCAAACUGAUGGAUACUGAAAAUGAGGUUUUUUCUAGCAAAUGUACUGUAAAUGUAGUGUAAAGCGCUUUGGGGUCCUUAGGGACUAAGUAAAGCGCUAUACAAAUACAGGCCAUUUACCAUUUACCAAAUGUACGGACCACAAGAUAUGAUUCUUUGAUUUUUAUCUCAGGCUCCACCUGCAUUGCACACUUUUGGUUAAAAAUGGAUUCAGUGUGUUGAUGGGGAUCUUUUCAUUUCCCCAUACUCUUACUACAGUCAUUGCCAAGGUACCCAGUGAAGAAUUUAUUCACUAAAGAUCUGCAGAUAUUUUACAUCUGAAACCUCGCAUUAGUGCUCCGGAUCGCCUCACACAUUUCACAGAUCUUGACAUUGCCAAAUCCAGCCUCCAUUCUUAAAACACACAGAUGCUCUUACCACCAAAUUCUAAGCAAAAUGUACGAUGUGUGCGUAUGUUGGUAUUGAAUGAAGAUCAUCAUAAUAAACUCAUGCAAUUACCAACUAAAACAAAGCACAGCAUCAAGCUGCAGCGUUGCCCUGUGAGAGCGCACGGUUUGAGAAUUGCUUUGAUCCUGUGCAUUUUAUACAGGAUCAUCGUGUGUACAGGAUCAAAGCUAUCGGCACAAAUAAGCAAUAUCACGAGUCAUUUAUGCUUACAGUUAAUUACAAUCAAAGGUCAUCUUAUUUAUCUAUAAUAAUACCUGCAUAGAAAGAGCACCUUUAGAUUCAGAAAGAAAACAUAUUCAGAGAAACAUCCGACUCAUUGAACACAAACAUGGCGACGGAACAAGUUAUAAAAAUUCUAUUAAAUCAGCAUGCUGAUUGCACAUGUAUUACUUUUCUUGUUGAAUAUAUUGUUUCACAUAUUGUCAUGUACUGUAAGUUUGAAAACUCAAUAAACUGCAAUGUCCAAACAUA